ACUCCAGUACAAACCACCACUUUGCCUUCAACCACAGUACCAAUCACAACUACAGUACAAACAACCAGUUCAACUGCAACCACGAUGCCAAUCACAACUACAGAACAAACAACCACUUUACCUUCAACCACAGUGCCAAUAACAACACCAGUACAAACAACCACUUCAACUCCAACCACGAUGCCAUUCACAACUCCAGUACAAACAACCACUUUACCUUCAACCACAGUACCAAUAACAACAUCAACUGCAGUACAAACCACAACCACUUCAACCACGACGCCAAUCAGAACUACAGUACAAACAACCACUUUACCUUCAACCACAGUACCAAUAAUAACAUCAACUCCAGUACAAACCACAACCACUUCAACCACGAUGCCAAUCACAACUGCAGUACAAACAACAACCAGUUCAACUCCAACCACGAUGCCAAUCACAACUCAAGUACAAACAACCAACUUACCUUCAACCACUGUAACAAUUACAACACCAACUCCAGUACAAACCACAACCAGUUCAAAUCCAACCACGAUGCUAAUCCCAACAACUUCAGGUCUGACACCUUCCACUGUACCUCCAUCCAUAGAGGCAAUGACAUCAACAACUCCAGGCCAGUCACCUGCCACUUCACCUUUAUCCACAGUUCCAGUCACAACUCCAGUCCAGACACCUUCCACUGUACCUCCAACCACCGUACCUCUCACCACACCAACUCUCAUUCAAAGUACAACCACUUUACCUCCAACCAUGGUACGAAUCACAACACCAAGUCUGGUGCAAACAACAACCACAUCAACUCCAACCACAGUCCCCAUUACAGCAACAACUUUAACAACUUCCACUUUACCUUCAACGAGUCCAACAUCUGUGCCACAACCAACAAGCCCUUUACCUUCAACCACAGUACCAACUAAAAUGACAACGCCUGCACUAACAACCACCAACUUAAACCCAAGCACAGGACCAAACUCAACAACACCCUCAAUUAUGUCCUCUAAGCCCAUAAAAAAUAGCUCCACCUCUGCAAAACUCCAAGCUAUCUUUCGAUCUGCAGUGUUUCUUAAUAAAAAUGCAGUUCAAGACUUCUUACAGCAGGUACAGUUGAGUCUUCAACGAAGUUUUGGUGGUUCUGCCAGAUUUACUUUGAAAGGCAUACAACCAGUUUUUGCCCAACAACCCUCCUGCAAUAAUAUUAUUUACCAAAAUACCAUGUACCCUGUGAAACCGUCUCUGGUUGGGUUGUCAGACAGGACGACAUAAACUGAGUUGGUAUGGAAUGCUGAAGCCAGACUUCAGACAAGAUCAAAGGUCUGUGAGCAUAUUACUCCAAUUUUGGCAUCAUUCACUAGCUUCCAGUUCAACUGAGGCCUUAUUAAAAGGUUUGUUGAUCACGUUUAAGACUUUGCAUGGUUUAGCUCUGGACUGUGUAUCUGAAUUGCUAUUACCCAUAAAGCAUUUUCUUUGAUGGCUUCAAGACGUUGAAACAGCUUUACCUCCAAGCAUUAGAUCAACUGACUCAGUAGCCAUUUUUGUCUCAUUUAGAAACAUACUUUCAUUGAUCAGCCUUUGCAAAUGUAUUUGAUUCCUUAUUUCUUUCUUAAUUUGUUUAUAGAUUGGUUUCAUUCAUUUUAUUUUCCUUAUACUUCCCAAUUUGUCCUUUUAUUUGAAUGUUUUAUUUAUUGUAUUUUUCUGUUGGUUCUGCUUAUUGUUAAAUUUGUUAUAUGAAGCACUUAGUGCUGCCUGCCUUAUUAUUAUUAUUAUUAUUGUCUUUUUCUGAAAUGAAAAGAUUCAUAUAGAUUUCAGUAUAUACACAUUGUUUAACAGUAAAUAUAAUUACAUAUAUAGUGAUAAUGUGUCAACACAACAUAUUUACAGGAAACAUAAUAGUGGCCAAACUGGGAUAUUCUUCCCAUUACUACCAUUAGCCUCAAGGGGGGUGAAUCUACAAAGAAGUCUGUACUACAAACAAUGCUGUUCAACAGGCCUUUUGUCACAAAUCAGCUAAGGCAGGGGUGUCAAACUGCAGUCCUGGGGGGCCGGAGCCCUGUGUAGCUUAGUUCGUUCCCUGUUCCACCACAAAUGAUCCAGCUCAAGAGCUGUGUGAUAAUUAGCACAAUGAGUUGAAUCAGGUGUGUUAAAUGAGGGGAAACCCAAAAAUGUGCAGGGCUCUGACCUUCCAGGACUGGAGUCUGACACCUGUGGUGCACAUAAAGGUAUGGAGGGGACACUUUCACCCAAAAAGGCUUACAGCAAAGCAGAGGUAUUUAAAAAUAGAGGUGUGAAGGAAUGCUGGUGAAAAAAAACAGAGAGCUGUGUGGGAGCAGAUCCACUUCGAUAGCUCUGCCACAAGCCUUUACCACAUGAAGAGCAAUUUAAACAUUCUCUAAUAGGCCUUGGGCAGUAUAUUAAAUUUUUAUAGAAUAUUGAUAUAUUUUCAAAAUGAGAUAUAGGAUGACAGAAUGUCUUUUAUUUGGUUAGAUAAUUUUGGUUGCAUAUCAAAUAAUGUAUGAAGUGAUUGUUAAUUAACAUUUCUUAACUGAUGACCUAGUAAGUGUGAUCAGAUAAAGCCAUGGUGAACUUCAUCAUUAGUUCAUGGUGAAUAACAUGAAUUCAUAAUAUAUCGUAUUAUUCAUGCAUUAAAUCAUCAUAAGUUAAGCAUUAUUGAAGUAUAUGAUUUGUACCCUCAAAUUGUUACCUCAUUUUUUUUUUUCCUUUUUCUGGCUCUUGUCAUAACCAAUGUCUAAUUAAUAUGUAAAAUUUGAAUAACGUGAAUAUCACCAGCCAUAUAACGUACAUCAAUCAGUAACUGGGGGCCACUGUCUAACGUCGUCAUUCUAUCUAUUCAUGCUGCUUUCAUUGUCAGCUGCUGUCAGCAGGCCACGUAGUGCCAGGGGAGUAAUGCUGGAACUCCAAGAUGGCAGCCCCCACAAAUCACUCGUAGGAUUACUGUAUAAAAUAGAAUGUUGGUAAUAGAAUAGAAUAGAAUAGAAUAGAAUAGAAUAGAAUAGAAUAGAAUGCCGGUUCCAACCUGACAGCGCAUUUAAUUUUUUGUUCAGCAUUUUAUUUGUUGUUCUUGCUCCUUCAGUUUUUUCAGUUAUUGCGCAUUUCAGUUAUUUGAUUCUCUGGAUUUUGAAUCUCGAUUGCUUAACUAGACUGAUUGUCACUCUUGCCCUUAUGUGUUGGUUGCUCAUUUGAUUAUAUAUGUAUGUGCACCAGUUGUAGGGAUUUUUUGUUUUGUUUUUUUAAUUUUGUUUGUCUAGAGAGG